AUGGUCCGCCUUCCACUCCCCCAGCGCUUCGUCAGCUCUAAGAGCACGACUCCAAUUCAGCAAAGUCGAAACCCAAGCCCAUUGAGGUCCCCAAUGGAUUCUCCGUUGACGCUGAAGGUUAAUGUGGUGAAGGGGAGGAACCUGGCAGCAAAAGAUAGAGGCGGAACGAGUGAUCCUUUCCUUGUCGUGUCCCUAGGAAACUCGCGCGAAUCGACUCCGACGAUCAGCAAGACCUUGAAUCCAGAUUGGAAUGUGACGUUUGAGUUGCCCAUUAGCGGCGUUCCUCUUUUGGAAUGUGUCUGCUGGGAUCGAGACCGAUUUGGGAGGGAUUAUAUGGGGGAGUUUGAUAUCCCGUUGGAGGAGAUAUUUGGGGAAGGGGAAACCCAACAUCAGCCAAAAUGGUACACGUUGGAAUCAAAGCGGAGACGGGGCAAGAAGAAGGAAAGUAUAGUUUCUGGAGAAAUACUCAUCCAGUUUUCUCUCCUCGAUACGGCCAAUCCUAGUGCGACUUCUACCGAGACCUACCAGAAAUUUAGAUCAAUUGUGUCCGCAGCGGAUGAGGAGGAAGAUGCAGCCCUCACGUCAGCCCCGUGGAACGAGCAGGACGACAACGACAAAGAUGAAGAGACAUCGGAUGAAACGGAUGACCCUACUAAACCCGAGGUCGUGGAAAAGCGAAGGCGUCGGCUACGUGUUGCACGACUGAAGCGGAAGUCCAUUGCGGCGAGAGCCUAUCAAUUUUCCGGUGCCUCCAACGGUGUACAGGGCAUUAUAUUCCUUGAAAUUAACAGGAUAAUGACUCGAACAUCAUUUGACAUGGACCCGUUCGUGGUUACCUCACUGGGAAGAAAAACUCUCCGCACCAGGGUUAUUCGUCACAAUUUAAACCCAGUGUUCGACGAAAAGAUGGUUUUCCAGGUCAUGAAACACGAACAAUUAUACACUAUGAGCUUCACAGUUGUCGACCGCGAUAAACUAUCUGGAAAUGAUCUUGUUGCAACUGCCGAACUUCCUCUUCAAACGCUCAUUUCGACAGCCCCUGAGGCCGAUCCAGAAACUGGGUUAUACAAACUGCAGGAACCUUCUAGGCCAGGGCGAAUGUUGCACUCUCAGAGGUCACGUUUCAGGUUGCCCAUCUCACGCUCCAACUCUGCAACUAGUCUAAGUAGAUCGCCAAAACCAACAUUAACAUCGCAAUCGUCCAACUCUUCGCUCCCUACUAAUACUCAAUCCGAACAAUCUCUAUUAACCCCGCCUAGCAGUGUCCCCACUGAUACUAGCAACGCAACCCUUGAAGUCCCGAGCAGCUUUCCCUCAAAGGGCGACGAAAUGCCUCUAAAUUCUCAAAGUUCUGCAGAUAGCGAAGAUCUAAGGACAUAUACUAUCCCGCUCCUAUUGAAGAAUAAAGAACGAUGGGAGGACAAGUAUUCGCCAGAACUCUUUAUCAAAGCAAAGUAUAUGCCGUAUAAAGCUCUUCGGCAACAGUUCUGGCGAGUCAUGCUUAAGCAGUAUGACGCUGACGACAGCGGUCGACUCAGUAAAAUAGAGCUCACUACUAUGCUUGAUACUCUCGGGUCCACUUUGAAGGAAUCUACCAUUGAUGGCUUCUUCACCAGGUUUGCUGGCGAGAAUGAGUCUAAUGAGACAGCUGAUAUCUCAUAUGACCAAGCCGUGAUCUGCUUGGAAGAUGCACUUCAAGAAGUGCAAAAAAAUAAUUUUGGGGGACUCACCUCGAAACUUCGGGAUUUAGCGCCAACCUCCCUAUCCUCGACAGGGGAACGCAGCCCGGACCCAUCAAGUGCUGCUGACGAAGCAACGGAUUUGGAAGAUGUAAAUGGCAAUCUACGGCAAGUAGAUAUAUCAACUAUUCCUGAGGCGGACCAGCCUUCGCCAGGUUUCGGCGAACUUACACCUGACGAUCUCACCGACGAAAGAGGUGAAGAGCACGUAAUUGAAAUUGGAGAAUGCCCUCUAUGCCACCAACCACGACUAAGCAAACGCUCUGAUGCAGACAUUAUUACCCACCUUGCAACAUGUGUCAGUCAAGACUGGCGCCAGGUUGAUAGCAUCGUCAUGGGUGGCUUUGUCACGUCCAGCCAAGCACAGCGUAAGUGGUACAGCAAAGUUGUCACCAAGAUUGGCUAUGGAGGAUAUCGGCUAGGGGCAAAUUCCGCAAACAUUUUGGUGCAGGAUCGUAUUACUGGUCAGAUCAACGAGGAAAAAAUGAGUGUCUAUGUUCGUCUUGGGAUUCGAUUGCUGUAUAAGGGGCUCAAAAGUCGCGAAAUGGAGAAGAAGAGAAUUCGGAAGAUGCUAAAGUCUCUAAGCAUCAAACAAGGGAAGAAAUAUGACGACCCAGUGUCCGCUAGUCAGAUCGAAAAUUUUAUUAACUUCCAUCGGCUCGAUAUGUCGGAAGUUUUGGAGCCGAUGGAGAACUUCAAAACAUUCAACGAAUUCUUUUAUCGUAAAUUGAAGCCAAAUGCGAGGCCGUGCUCUGCUCUGGAUCAGCCGAAAAUCGUCGUCUCACCAGCCGAUUGCCGCAGUGUAGUAUUCGACCGCAUCGAAGACGCUACCAAGAUCUGGAUUAAGGGCCGGGAAUUUUCCGUUGACCGGUUACUGGGGGCAGCUUAUCCAGAGGAUGUCCCUAGAUAUAAGAAUGGUGCUCUUGGAAUUUUCCGACUUGCACCUCAAGACUAUCACCGUUUCCAUGUUCCCGUGGACGGAGUCAUGGGCACCCCAAAAACUAUUGAAGGUGAAUACUAUACGGUAAAUCCUAUGGCAAUUCGCUCAGCACUCGAUGUUUAUGGAGAGAAUGUUCGGGUUCUAGUACCUAUCGACUCUGUCGCUCAUGGUCGAGUAAUGGUGGUAUGUGUUGGUGCCAUGAUGGUUGGGAGUACCGUAAUCACCCGACAGCCUGGAGAGAAAGUAGCGCGCGCCGAGGAGCUGGGAUAUUUCAAAUUUGGAGGAAGUACCGUUGUGCUAUUAUUUGAAUCUGGAAUGAUUAACUUUGAUUCCGAUCUGAUCGAUAAUUCUAAGGGAGCCCUUGAAACUCUGAUACGGGUGGGCAUGUCUAUCGGCCACAGUCCAGACGUGCCUCAAUUUGAACCUGAUGUGCAGCAGAAAGAGCAAGGCAUCUCUCAUGAAGCGAAAGUGGAGGCGAAUCGCAGGAUAGCUGGGUGA